GGCCUCCAGGAUGAAGUGCAAGCCGAACCAGACGCGGACCUACGACCCGGAGGGCUUCAAGAAGCGGGCUGCAUGCCUGUGCUUCCGCAGCGAGCGCGAGGACGAGGUGCUGCUGGUGAGCAGCAGCCGGUACCCGGACCGCUGGAUCGUGCCCGGCGGGGGCAUGGAGCCCGAGGAGGAGCCCGGCGGCGCGGCGGUGCGAGAGGUGUACGAAGAGGCGGGAGUCAAGGGGAAGUUGGGCCGGCUCCUGGGCGUUUUCGAACAGAACCAAGAUCGCAAGCACAGGACCUACGUGUAUGUACUGACUGUCACCGAGCUGCUGGAAGAUUGGGAAGAUUCCAUUAGCAUCGGGCGCAAGCGAGAGUGGUUCAAGAUCGAAGAUGCCAUCAAGGUCCUGCAGUGCCACAAGCCCGUGCACGCCGAGUACCUGGAGAAACUGAAGCUGGGCGGCUCCCCGACCAAUGGAAACUCCGUGGCCGCGUCCGCGUCGCAGAGCGAUCCCUAGUGAAUGGCAUAGAUGUUGUUCAGAUUUACUUUGAAAGAAUCAAGUGUGUGAACCCAAUGGUGAAUGGAAUUGUGAAGCACAGGUGAGCUCUUUGACAUCCCCAAGAACACAGCUCAUCCUAUGCUUUUGGACGCUUCUUUUCUGUUAAAACAAUGGCUCUUCUCCAGGUUGUUGCACUACCACUGUAUCUGUACAGAAUUCUAUUUCGGCACCUGUGGCCUUCUUUUUGUGCUUUUUCAAUUAUGUGUCUGUAUUUCCCACCAGAUAUGAUAUUGAAUGCAAGGAACUUAUUUCCUUUAGUCUUUUUAUAUAUCUAGCAUACAAGACAUCACUUGAAAUAAGGUAGACAUCACUGAAGACUUGUUUAAAUAAUUUAAUAUUUUGUAAUAACAUUGAGUGGUAAAACAUCUGCUUCUCAUCUGCCUAGCAUAUAUAUGGCUUUUGUAUAUCAGGUGUCACAAAACUGUUUCAAGGCAGUUGUGAUGUAUUAGCAAAAAAAUUCUUACUCCUAUGUCUUAGUCAUCCCAGACAUUAUGUACCUCCUGAUGUGAGUAUACCACACCUUCUUUGAAAUGUAUUUGCCAA